AUGGGUUUUGAAGUUUUUAUAAGAUCUUCAAAGAAAGGAGAUGAUGGAGAGAUGAAAAACGCGACACCAGCUUGUUCUUGUUGUGGAAAGUCAAGCAGUAUGUCCAGAAAUGCCUUUAAAAUGCAUGCAAUGACAAAAACCGAUUGUAAGGCUUGGGUUAAUGCAUCCGUACGUUCUGAUGGGGUUUAUGAUGGUUAUGCGGUAUUUGGGGCGAUUUUGAAGUUGAGUUUUAGCCCAAAUACCGUAACAUUUACUUGUUUGAUUAAAGGUCUGUGUGUAGAGAGAAAGAUUAUGGAAUCAAUAGAAUUGUUUAAGCGAAUGGUUGCUGUUGGUUGUAGGGCUAAUGUGAGCACUUGCAACACUUUGAUUGGUGGAUUGUGUAAAACAGGGAACAUAAGUGUUGCCAUUAAGUUGCUUGAAGAAAUGGUUAAUGGGAAUAAAGAAUCUGGUGUUAUUUGUAAGCCAGAUGUUGUUACUUAUAAUAAUAUAAUUGAUGGUCUUUGUAAGGUUGGAUUGGUUGAGAAGGCUAGACAACUAUUGUUGGAACAUAUGAUUCAGAGAGGUGUGGUUCCUGACAUAUAUAAUUAG